AUGUUGUUCUUUCUAUUGCUCCUCGGAUUUGCUGUCGGUCACGUGACGGGCUUCGAGUGCGUCUCCGGUGACUUUAUCAACUCGGACCCGUGUACCUGCACUGGAGUUAGAAUAUCGAUCAGCGUGAACGACUCUGUAGCAAAAGGUACCACAGUGACAUUUUUCAAUUUCACCGAUGGUUCGUACGCCUGGUAUAUGACGGGAUCCAUGUGUGGCUACUGGAACGUCACCGACGAUGGGCAGGUUGUUCUCGCCAUGGAUAUAGGUCCUCCCACAUGCUAUAGUCAAAAAGGGGGUGAUGACUGCCAUAUUUUCUGCAAUAACCCAGACAAAACGUUUCUAGUUUCCACAGAGGUCGAUACGGUCGAUCUUUAUCCACCAGUCUUUUUGAACGAUUCUUACGAGGUGAACGUGACCGAGGACAAAGGUGUUGGAACAGAGAUUGUACAAUUUGGUGUUACACCCGGGUUUCCCAUGCCAGAAAACAAAGACUGCAGUGAGAGUUGGUUGAACGUUAAAAUUGAGAAUGGAUAUGGAAUCUUCAAUGGAAUUAACACUGUGAAGCUAGUCAAUGAGCUUGACUAUGAAUCUAAUGAACAAUACCUCCUGACAGCGAUCGUAACUUCAGGAUCCGGUGGGAGUGCCAGCAGGGUGAUAACGGUGAACGUUGAUGACGUUGAUGAUAACGACCCCACAUUUGACGUCGGCGGUUACAGCCUUGACUUCCUAGAAGAGCGUACCUCUGACGGGUGGCUGACUACCAGUCCCCCCGUACACUGCUUUGACCAGGACGUCGGCAUCAACGCAACCAUAAUGUACGCCUUCGCAGGGAAUAUUACCACUAACCGGGGACUGCGUAUCUCCAACACCACGGGACGGAUUUCAGUGGUUGAACGAUUCGACAGGGAGACCAACAACACAUUCAAAAUGGACAUCUUGUGCUAUCAAGAGGACGACGCCAGGAAGACGGCGGAAGCCUCACUUGUCGUGAACAUUUUGGAUAUCAAUGAUCACCUGCCUGAAUUUGCUCCGGAACAUUACAAUGUCACUAUACUGGAACACCAACCUAUUCCUUACGUCACUUCAGUCUCUGCAACAGACAAAGACCUGGGUAACAACUCCGUGAUCGAGUUUGAAAUUCUGAACGACACGAAGGUAUUCGUUAUUGACAAGACCAGCGGGAUCCUGGGUGUUCGCAAUUCGUCAGCCCUGGACAGGGAAGUGAUGGACGAAAUGACCGUGUUGAUCAUUGCAAAAGACUUGGAUGGUAACAUAUCUACAAGUACAGCCACCAUCACUAUUCGCCUGCUCGACCAGAACGACAACACUCCCGCGUUCACACAGGACAGAUAUGUGUUCCGCGUACCCGCUGCCACGGUCAAUGAAGGCGCAGAAAUAGGAACGGUUACGGCACAUGAUGCAGACGAGAAAGGCACGGGGAAUUCAAACGUGUCAUACUCGCUGCAUUCGCCCGGCAAUACUCCUUUCUCGGUGGAUUCAAUAUCUGGCAAUAUUUCAAUAUUAUCAGAAGAGCCUCUUAAAUUGAGCGAAACGUACAGCUUCUUGGUAACUGCUUGCGACAACCCUUCGACUGAUAAUAACAGGCGAUGUAAUUUUGCAACCGUCAUCGUUCUUUUCAACUGGAAUUCAAGUCUUGUAGAAGAAACCUUACAUAUGACGGUGAAAGAAAAUGUACCUGUGGGAACAUUUGUUGGACAAAUACCAGUCCGAGGCGACUAUUACAUUUGUUCCAGUGAUGCAUUUUAUGUGGAUAAAUCCAGUCAAAUGCUAACAACAAACACCGAAAUGGACAGAGAAGUUAACGCAACGUUUGAGUGUGACGUCCACGUGUUCAUGUAUGAUCAGGUGGUUGGAAAUUUUUCUGUAUACAUUACGGUGAUCGAUGAAAAUGACAACGCGCCAGUGUUUGAAACAAAUGAAUACUUCCUUACAAUGAAAUUUCCACCGCAGGAGGACAGUCUGUUAACAUCCAUUUUGGCGACUGAUGAAGACAACGGUGACAAUGGGAACGUCUCGUAUUGGCUGCACAGCACGAGUUCGCAUUUGUUCACACUCAAUGCCGGGACCGGCAACCUGACGACAGGUCGGGAAUGGUCGUCACCUUCCACGGCUCGCAUAUUGUCCGUGUACCAGUUUUUGGUCACAUCACGUGAUCACGGAAACCCUCCUCUGUCGUCUGCUGUGCCAGUUUUUGUAUCGUUUAUCAAAAUAAAGAAUAGCACGGCUGUGACCAUUCCUUGCCCUUUACUACUGGACACGCUUCGAAAAUACACGUCACACAUAGAAAGGGGCAUUGCUGCGGCAACAGGAUUCGUCGAUGUUGUUAUAUCUGAUUUUGAAGAGAAGCUGUUCAAUGGAAAGGAGUCUGUUGUGUUCAUAAAUGUUUCUGCCAGAGAUGAAAACCAGAGUUCCAUCGAGUCAACCAUUUUACAAAGAGCCACAUUCGAUUACUGGUCAGGCAUAGAGGAUCUGUUCCAUUCGUACAUGUCUGCCAACAUUCAGGUCAUGCGCGACAACUCUGAUAUGUCAACUGCGGUUAUAGCCCUGAUUGUCCUUGCAUGCGCCAUAUUUGUUGGCUCAGUUAUUGCUAUUGUCGUCGUCUGCAAGCAGUGGCAAAGCCAUUUGCGCGAAAACCGUUUGUACGAUUCGCUAAGAAGACCAAGUACAAUGUACGACUCCCAAGAAAUGCGUUUGGAUUUUGGCACUGAGCUUCCCAGUCGGUUUAGUUCAUUUCGCCAAAGCCCACGAAAAGAGUCUGAUAUAACAAUGGAGGGUAGUUUUGGUUUGGGAUAUGUUAACACUGGCUACAACGAUGAUGACCAAGACAACCCUAAAUCCCCAACGUGGAGUACAAGUGAAACUCCCCGCGUACCGAGAUGGACGACAACUGAUUCGCUCAAAGAUGCGAUUGAGAGCCUUGACGAAUUGACCACGCGGCUAAAUGCAGAGGACAGCAUCUCGAGGGUGACCAGUCUUUCGCUUGAAAGAAGAUCCCAGCGCUCGGCAAAGAGUGAACCAACUACUCCUCGACAAGUGGUUAUCGAUGGAAGCGUCGCUGCAUCAUCGCCAGUGCGUCCGAUGUCGGAUAAACACAAUUACGUCAACACACGUAUUGGCCCUGCAGUCACCACGAACCAUAUGCUGCAGGAAAAUGAUUCUACAGAUGCAUCGAAUACGAUUUUAAAUGAUAAAGACGGUUACAUAACUGUUAUUCCCGAUUCUUCUAUUGCUGUGAAAGAAAUUGAAGACGAGAGUCUACAGACAAACGAAACCGUUUACGAGGAAUCCACAGCUUUUUGAUACACGACGUGAUAAACCUGAUACGUAUAUGUUCAAUCAAGUAUCAAAGACUUCUUAAUAAAACAUACAGGUGGCUAACUGUGUUGUGUGUCAACACGUUUCUUGCUCAUAUAUUGUAGUCGACUGUCAAUACACUUCCUUAUUUUCUAUCGUUAUACAUUUAUAUUUUGAUGCCAAAUGUGGGUUGUGUUUUUUCGAAACAUUGCUGAUGUGGUCAAAGUGCAUGGUGCUUGUUCAAGGCAAAUGCAAAUAUUGUGAAUGGAGAUGUCCAGGCUGUUGUCGCUAAAUGUAAUCUAUGGAAACAAUUGGUUUCACUUGCCAGUGCCCUAUACACGUUAAGUGUUUUUGCAGCUGUUGUUUGACCUGUAUUUAUUUAAGUUCAUUAAUAUAUGCUGAACUUUUAACUAUCCAAACACUAUAUACAAAUGUAGGAAUUCAUAAUCCUCUAUUAUGAAAUAAUAAUAAUGAAUAAUAUUGUGUUAAGAAAUAAGUUAUUUGUAGCUCAUACAUAUGCAUUUUUUAACAAUGAUAUAGUUGUAUGUCAUUAUUUGC